CACCUACUGACCUCAACCCAACCUCGAACGACUCCAGCUUGUUUCGAACACAGAACAGUCUACACAGCCUCCGAUCAGGAUACCUGCAUACGAUCCUAGCUUCUUGAGAGGCUGGGAGUGUGGUUUCAGACAUGGCGGAUCUCGAAGCGGCAAAAAUCAACCACGAUAACCACUUGCUCCUUGACCAACCGUGCCUGCGCCUUCCCUACGAGCUCUUGCGCAACAACUUUCGCUCUGUUCACUAUCCCUUCGAGUGGGACUCAAACGCCGUCAAGAAUGCCGUGAAGGAAACAGCCAACGGGCUGAUCAGCGGCAAGACUUCGGCCCAGGAUGCCGUCAAGAGCCUGGAUCAGAUGUUGGGCAAGAUGCGGGGGCUGAAGCGGAAGCUGGCCGCCGCCGCGGAGGAGGAAGACCGUCUCUAUCGCCAAAUGGACGCUCGCGUAGCGCACCUCCGCGAGCUCGCCAAUCUCAACACGGUCGACGACGUCAAAUACGAGGCCUGGUCCCGUCAGCGUCUCGACCGCCUUCUGGUCGACUACAUGCUUCGGCACGGCUACGGUUCGUCCGCGGUAGCACUGGCGGACGAGCGGGGAAUGCGGGACCUGGUCGACAUUGAUACCUUUGCGACGAUGAGCAAGAUUCGCCAGUCUCUGGAGAAGGGCAGCGUGCAGGAGGCCCUCAGCUGGUGCAACGAGAACAAGAAAGAGCUCCGCAAGAUGCAGUCCAACCUUGAGUUCAUGCUGCGCUGUCAGCAGUACAUAGAGAUGAUGCGCACCGGCUCGCAAACCAAGAUGAUCGAUGCGAUCAAUCACGCGAAGAAGUACAUCACCCCGUUCAACGACACCUACCCGGUCGAAGUGAGCCACAUGGCUGGCCUCCUCGCCUACCGUCCGGACACGAAGAUUGAGCCGUACGCCUCCUUGUAUAGCGCGUCUCGCUGGCAGAAACUCGCCGAGACCUUCUCCGAGGCCUACCUGAAGCUCCUCAACCUGCCCAUGACCCCUCUCUUACACAUCGCUCUUUCAUCGGGCCUGUCCGCCCUGAAGACCCCCGCCUGCCAUAGCACCCCAUCUUCAGUCCAGGCUCAGCCUGAACCCGAGCAGUCGCAACACCACAUCAACGGCGCCAACGACGGCGGCGACAGCGCCACCCCGACCGCCACCCCCGACGCCGCCGCCGCCCAGCCCCAACACCAUGGUACCGCCUCCCUGACGACUCGCAUCUGCCCCGUCUGCUCGACCGAGCUCAACGAGCUCGCCCGGAGCGUGCGCUACGCCCACCACAGCAAGAGCCGCCUGCUAGAGCACGACCUGGUGCUGCUCCCCAACGGCCGAGUCUACGGCAAGGCCCGCCUCGAAGAAUAUGCCGCAAAGAGCGGUUUGCCUCAGUGGCAGGUCAAAGAUCUGGUCACGGGAGAGGUGUUCGGGGUGGACGGGGUGAGAAAGGUUUACGUUACUUAGAGGGCGGCCUCAGUUAUGGCCUUCAUGAGAGAGAAGAGACCAAGAAUCACGCCUCUAGGGUAGUUGGAGUGCAUUUUAUUGGCGUUCAAUUUGGCUGGUUUGGGUUGGUCCUUAGUUAGUAUUAUGGUAGCGCAUGGGGCGGGGACGGGCGGUUAGGUUCUUUCGGAUGGAACACGGCGGCGUACAUGC